ACAUGGUUCUCAAGGAUGAUUGCCGUCCUGUGGUUCAGCCAGCACGUCGAGUGCCGCAUGCUCUCCGCGAGCCUCUGAAAGACGAACUGGACCGCAUGACCACUAGUGGCAUCAUCGCCAAAGUCCAAGAACCAACAGACUGGGUUUCGACGACAAAGGAAGGCUCAAGCGAUGAUGUGGAGCUUCAUGCAGCAACUGUCCUGUCUACGCUGGAGGAGCCUCUUCUGUUACGAGAGACGCCACUCCAACCUUGGGCGCGAAUCGGUGCAGACCUGUGCAUGUAUGCUGGGAAAUCAUACCUGGUUCUCUACGAUGCUUACUCAAACUUUCCCGAGGUCGCCGAACUACGAGAUACUACAUCAAAGACUGUGAUCGACGUCAUGGCAAGCAUGUUUUCUCGUCAUGGACUUCCUCUCGAGGUUUGUACAGACGGCGGUCCACAGUUCAUAGCUAGAGAUUUUACCGAGUUUGCAGCAAAAUACGACUUCAAACAUGUGAUGUCUAGUCCGCGCUUUCCAAGGUCUAAUGGACUCGCAGAGAAAGGUGUGCAAAUAGUGAAAAGACUGCUAAAAAAAUGUGCACAUUCUGGCCAAGACUUCUGGUUAGGGUUACUAACCUACAGGGCCACACCACUAGAGUGCGGAUCAGCUCCAGCAGAGUUGUUAAUGAGAAGGAAGACGCGUACACUCCUGCCAGAUUUCGUGUCUGAACCAGCUAGACCCGUGUUUAAACACAAACAAGACAGAAAAAGAGGUCGAGCACUUUCCCAGUUAGAAGAAGGAGAUGCUGUACGAGUUCGAGACGAUAAAGAUAAAGGUUGGUCAGCGAAAGCACAAGUGACCUGUGACAACGGCCCAAGAUCGUACAAGAUACAAACUGAGAAGGGUACACACAUACGGCGGAACCGCCAACACCUACUGAAGACAUCGGAGGAAUUCAAUCCUUAUGAUGAGUUAGAGUCCGAGGCAUACGACACCGCAGACGAAGAUGCAGAAAGCCCUGAGGCUCGAGUGCCAACGUUCGCUGUCUCCAGCCCAGAUACAUCAAGUACCGGUAGAAGCCAGCAGGAUAAUAGCACAAGCACAAGUCAGCUGGAUAAUAGAAAUCAAGCGUGCCUACAAGGAAGUCUGCCUCUGAUCACUCCUCGGCAGUCUACUCGUGAAGUUCGUGUACCUAGGAGGUUAACGUAUGAUGAGAACUUUAAUCAAGUAUGCAAGUGAAGUGCAAACUGCAAAGAACAUGAUUUGAAAUCUACAAACGACAUUACAGUGUAUAUAUUUGUACAU